AUGCUGGCCCCCACCGUCCUCGACGCCUGCCGCGCGCACGGCCGCCUCCAGCUGCGCCCCACCCCCGCCUGGUCGCGCCAGCUCUCCGCAACCGCCUCCACCUCCGCGCCCGGCGGCGGGCGCCCGCUCAUCGGGCGGUACAACCACGUCCCCGUCGAGCUCGCGCGCGUGCAGUCCGGGCGGAACGUCCGCCUGCGCGACUACGAGACGCAGAAGGCGCUCAAGCGCUUCAGCUACGACCUCAAGCUCGUCGACGGGAAGGUGCGCGUCGCGGACGGGCCUAAUUUUAUCGGUCCGAAUGGGUGCUCGUUGAGGGAGCCGCUGUCGCCGACGUUCCAGGAGGUCGUGCGUAAUUUCCGGGGUGCGAAUAUUUUGGUGUAUGUUCUGAAGGAAGGCACGCCCCUACCCGACACUCUGCAGAUCCUGCACGAGCACUCAGACCACUACUCGCUGCAGUGCACGAAGCCUAUGACGCUGGAUGAGCUCAACGCGGAGUGCACGAAGUUCGUCAAUGAGCACGGCCGCACGCUCGACAAGGAGCAGUUCGAUGCCGAGUACCCCUUUGAGAUCUAA